AUGCCAGAUUUUAUGGAGAGAGAAAGAGGUGCAUCAUGGGAGCUUUACCGCUUUAAUAGGAAUGAUACCAAUCCAAAUAAUCAUGCAAACCUGGACCUGGGCCGAACAUCCAAAAAGAGUGAAGCUAACAUGGGCUUUGGGCCUAAUGUUAAAUCCCAAUUCUCAAGUCUCAGUGUAGUGUCCUACUCCUAUAUUUUUAGAAGCGUAUCGAAAUCAUGGCGUUCUCUGUUGGAGGAACCCCUUUUUCUCGAUUCUCAUCGCAAGCAAACCAAUAAAAAGUCGCUGAUUAUACAGACUGAUGACUUAAGCGAUAGCAAUCCCACGAGCUUCCUCACGUCCGAUUUCGAUUCGAUCGACAAAUUGAAAGAAAUCGCCUUCUCGCCCGACCCUGACCUCGGAAGAUCCUAUUCUUGUGUCAAAGUUAUCGGAUCUUUCAAUGGAUUAGUAGCUUUGUCUUGCACAUACGACCAAGGGACACAAGAAGACGUUGUCAUCUGGAACAUCUCUACGACAGAGCGUCAAAUUCUUCCAGAUCCAUUUCGUGGUGAGCUUUAUACAUGCCUUCCAACAACACCAAGCGUCGGCUUCGGAUACGAUUCCGUCAGCGAUAGCUACAAGAUAGUGAAAUUACGUGUCCGUAGCAGUUUACUGUCGACUGUGAUAUACAACCUGAAAAGAAAUCAUGUGACUUGGAGUCUCGACGAUUUUCCUGGCCCUCAUUCACUUGUACAUGGAAGGGGAUUGUUAUUCGAAGAAUCCUUGCAUUGGGUUUCAUUUUUAAUCGGGACAAAAAAAUGUAGCAUUGUUGGUUUUGGUCUUGAAAAAGAAGAGUUGUAUCAAGUGCCCCUGCCAGAUUGCGUCGAGAGGAACAUUGCUCUUGGUGUAUGGGGAACAUGUCUUUCAAUGACCAACACAGAUUCUGCUGGAGACAUAUGGGUAUGGGUGAUGAAGAAGAAGUAUAUGGUCGAAGAGUCGUGGACCAAAAUUUACAGUAGACGUUUAUGGGAUUGUUUUGGGGUCUCCAGAUGGGGGAGAUGGAAUCCUCUUGGGUGGGAGAAGUCUGUAUUUGGACGACAUAAUUAA